UCUCUUUUUCGUUGGACUUGAGCGUAUUCUACACCAAAUUGCUCUCGAGACCAGAGAAUCUUUGCAAGCUCUCUCUUUUAAAAUGGAAGCCAAGGUGCCCAGAUUCUUCAUGGUGUUGCCUCCUGGUUUUGAAGCCAGACUGAGGCUUCCACCGAUUAUAUCAUGGAAACUGGGUGAAAAGAAGGCACAAAAAGUUUUGUUAAUAACAGGAAAGGGAACCUCUCCGGUCACAAUCCAGAAGUUUCAAGAUGGGAGGCUAUGGUUCACCAAGGGGUGGCAUGCUUUUGUCCUCAAACAUGGCCUUGUUGCUGGAGACUAUAUCACUUUUAAAUACAUGGGUAGCUCUAAUUUCAAAGUCACAGUUUAUAGUGAGACCUGCUGUGAGAAGUUUUUCAUUGAUGAACCUAAGGCAGAAGUUAAGGGUCA